AUGGCAGCCCUCCGCAUCGCCCUUGCCAUGGUGACCGUGGCUCGGUUGCAAUCGGCCCAGGAGUGGGCGAUCGGCGCCUAUGGGCCCGCCACGUCGCAGAGCCAAUCUUACAUUGCAGUCGUAGCGAGCUUUGACCUCGAUCUGCGCAAGAAUUUCGAGACUGCGCUGCAAGCACGCUUUGGGCCUCCCAUCAUCCCCAUUCCGAAUCUGCACCCCAACAUCUCCAACGUCAGGGUUCGCAUGGGAACCAGCCACUCGCAGCCAGACGUCGGUGUCGAAACCGCUUUGGACUUCAUGUUUGGUUCGGAUGGAGAGACUCCCGUCUCGGCGCUCGUGGGAGGUGUAUUCUCAUCUAUCGCGAUUCCGGUUGCCAGUGUUUCUGCGGUGCGGAAGGUACCCCAGAUCGCCUGGGCUGCAUCGUCGCCCGCUCUCUCAAACAAAGACUCCUAUCCUUACUUUCUGCGGACGGCUCCACCGGAUUCAAUCCAGAGCAGAGCUUUCUGGAACUGGAUCGUAGCAUUUGAGGUCCCUUCCGCGACGUGCCUCUACGCGAGCGAACCCUAUGGGCGGGGGCUCUUCUUGGCCAUGGAAGAGCUAGCAAAGCUCGCCGGUCAAGAGGGCCGCGUCAAAGGCGUGUCCGUUCGCUACAUGCCCAACAACUUUGUGCUAGCUGAGGCCAGGGAAGCCCUGACUUUGGUGAGGAACCUGGGAAGUCGCUUCCUUUUCACUGCAAUGAACAGCCAGAUGUUCACCAGCUUCGCCCCCGUCCUGCGGUCUGAGGGGAUGCUUGGCCCAGGGUGGCAGCUGCUUGGCUCGGAAUCUGCGAUGGCCUUCGGCACGGAGUUCUUCGACUCAGAGCUGCCGGUGGGCUUCAUGCGCUGGAACCCCGUGGAUAGAGGUCCGAAAUUUCCAGAUUAUGCUGCGUUCUGGCAGAAGAUGGACUUGAAUGAUGUCGACAGCCCGGCUGCGAGAGGAAGAUAUGGGACUGACAACUAUAAGGUGCCCUUCUUGGUUCCUCCCAUGACGCAGGAGGAGUUCUCGAACGCGAACAUCCCAGUUUUCGGCACCUUCUUGUUUGAUGCUCUGUAUACCAUCGUCCUGGCGGCCAACACCCUCCUGAAUCAGGGAAUUCCCCUUGCCGAUAUCAAGGGCGCAACCCUGUUGGAUGAGUUGAGGCAGACUACUUUCAUGGGAGUCACAGGCGACAUCGAGUUUGACGCAAACGGUGAUCGUCUGGCAUCAUACGAGCUUUUGGUCAGCGAGCCGGUGUCGGAGGGCCUGGCGUCUCCAACGCGCCAGGUGGUCGGUGCGAUUUUCAGUGCGAGCACCGGGCAGCUCACGAUGGUGGGCCAAGAUCUUUACUGGAUGGACGGGAAGCGUGACACGAUGCCCCCGCCGGAGCUGACCUACUGCGAUCCCGGCUUCUUCAAGGAGGAGGAGUCCAACCAGUGCAAGGCCUGCCCCCGAGGUUUCUUCUGUUUGGGUGGAACCCAGCCAUACUUGCAGUGCCCUCGCGGGAGCUUCGCAAACGAGACGGGCAUGGUGAACUGCACAAGAUGCCCCUUGGGGCAUUUUGCUGGUGAAGUCGGCUCUUCCUCGUGUUCCCCGUGCCAAGCAGGCUUCUAUGCCAAUGCGGUCGGCUUGGAAGCAUGCCUGAGGUGCGAGAAGGGAACCUACGUCUCCGAGGUUGGAGCCCACCGCUGCACCAGCUGCGGAAUGAUGCAGGUGACGGACGAGAGCGGUGCGCAGACGGCCAGCGACUGUAAAUGCGCAGAAGGCACCUUCAUGUGUAGUGGCAUGGGCUGUUUGGCCUGCCCAGACGGGCUCUUCUGCGACUCCGGCCUCGGACCGCCGACUCAACUGCCAGGAUUUUGGACCGCGCUUCAAGGGCCGGGCCAGUGCAGCUUCAAGGUACUCCGCUGCCGAGGUGCGCAGCAGUGUCCCAGGAAUCCUCUUGGCGCAUGUGCGGAUGGCAGAGAAGGUAUGGCAUGCAACAACUGCAAGGAGGGCCACUAUCCCCUGGAGGAGGGGAGUUGCAAACCUUGCGGUGCGGGAGAUGCCCUCCCUGCAAUGCUUUGCGCUAUCGUGGUUGCGCUGGUCGUCAUGGUUUUGUUCUCUUGUGUUAAUGCAGACAUGAACCAGCAGUCGCUGAAUGUCAUCACUGUUGCCACGGUCGGCAGCCAGAUGGUGACGGCCAUCCAGGCCCUUGGCUCUAUCCGGCAACUGUCGAUUAACUGGGUGGAGCCGGUGCGCCGCCUCAUCGACUUAACCGGAGUGUUGACCUUCGACUUUGAUAUGAUCCGUAUCUCUUGUCUUGUUGGUCAGGACAGCCCCACCUUGAAGUUCCUUUGCCAACUUCUUGUCUGUCCUAUGGGCUCUUGCUUGCUCUUGGCCGCUUGGGUCAUGGCACGCCUCCGCGGGCGUAGAGUAACCUUGGAUUCGCUCUUCAACAUGAAUGGAAUCAUCAUUUUCGCGUUCUUCAUCACCCUGGGUUUGGCCGUGUUGGGCCCCUUUCAGUGCGUCCAAAACCCAGAUGGGAGCUCUUCCAUGGCGGCGAAUCCAGGGAUCAUCUGUUACAGCUCGGCGGAGCACUGGGUGUUGAUCCUUCUCUCCAUUACGGGUAUCAUCUGCUACCCGAUCGCGAUAUUGGUGUGGGCUACCUACACAACCGUCAUGUAUCCGAUCCGAAUUGCCUCUGGCAAAGGCCUCCAGCUCGUGAAUCGCUAUCGCUUCCUUUUCCAGCGGUUCAGGCCCGAAUGCUACUACUAUGGCCUGCUGUUGCUGUUCCGCAAUGCCUUCAUCGCCUUGUUCCCGGUCGCCUUUGUGGCAACACCCGAGAUUCAGGUGCUGCUCAUGGGCGCCCUCUUCGUCCUUGGUUCGCUUCUUCAGGUCCGAACUUGGCCCUGGCGUACGGAGGCGGCCAAUUUUGCAGAUGCGAUCAUGACCGGCUUCUUGCUGGUGGUGCUCCUCGGGGCAGCUCCCCUGUUGGAGAUUGACAAGGAGCAGUCGACUGAGGUGCUCGGUUGGUUGCUGCUCUUCGCUGUGCUAGGCCCGUUACUGGCGGGCCUUGCUGCUGUGUGUUUCGCGGUGUUUCGCCAUUUCAGCCCACGGACGAUGUUUGGCGUCUUCCUCUGCCACCACAAGGGAGGUGCCGGCAGCCUCUGCCGUCUUCUGAAGAUGCUGAUUGCCAGGAACAGCCCCGUAAAUGUUUUCCUUGACUCAGAUCAGCUGGAGGAGUUGGAUCUCAUUUUUCAUACCGUGCGUUCCAUGACAAAGAGUGUGGUCGCGGUUAAGACUCCCGAGUUGCUCAAGCGCAUGUGGUGUGCUGGGGAGCUCGUGACUGCCCACAAGAACAAAGUCACGACCGUUCCUUUAAUCUGUGAUGGCUUCAUGUCAAUCACGGACGAAGAUUUGGAGUUGAUUCCGGAGGUUUGGACAGCUCAGCAGAAGCAAAUCCUGGCUAACUAUGGCAUCACCAUGGAUGACGUGAAGAAGGCCUACGUCUGGCUCCGUGACGAUGUGGCGGCGCUGCAUCUCAGCCGCUUUGGCUCCUCUGAGAAGCGGGAGGAAGUGGUCAUAGAGAUGCUGAAGCGGUGCAACGUGUCCAUGAAUGUUUUUGGAGCCGCCGGCAGCUCGAGCCCAUCACACACGAAGGCGCGGAUUCUCAUUACGGGCUCCGUUACCGAUGCGGAGGCUCUCGCGACCUGCGAAGUUUUUCAGAUUCUGGUGCAGACGCAUCUUCGUACAGAAUGUGUUCUGGUUCGGUCGGAGAAAGAAAUGAUCGCCUAUAAGCCCUGGGCAUACUACUUCGUCGUCCUCUUCUCCAGGGGAAUGCUCCGGGAUCCUCGCUUUGCCCAGAUCCUUUUGCAGACUGGCGCCGGGACGGAGGCAGAGGAGGAGGAGGAGGAGCCCAGUGCAAGGCACCUCGAGAUUGUGACCGUGUCGGCGGACGCGGGAUUCGAGUUCCCCGGUGCCGAGUUCUACAAGGAGCUGGAGGUGAAUGGUUUGGGUUGGGACGGCCUUGGGCCCGAAAUCGGGCCCCGGCUCUCCAAGGCCUAUCGGUCGCUUCUCAACGUCCUGGCCCUGCCUCUGUCUCCCAUGGGCUCCGAGGGCCUGCUGGAGAGGCAGACAUCGGAGAUCUCCCGGCGAUUCCGCCGCUACAAAGACCACGAUGCGGGACAGGCCUUAGAUGAGGCAGACGAUGAGCAGAUCAAUGGAGAAGGGGUCAGUUCCCGUCUCUCGACGAAGCUGGCGGCGGAGGCGGAAGAGGCGCUAAGUGCCCUCGCCUUCGAGAGCGAGAGCUCGCGAAUGCCGUCGAAGGAGGUGGCGAAGACGCCGCGAUCAAGUGUGUCCAGCGAGGACGCCGGGAUCAUGAGAUCCCAUGAUGGAGUCGUGGUCUCCCAGGUGUUGUGA